AUGACUUUCCCUGAGCAGAUCAAUGGCAGCUCGUGUCGGAACUACACGGGGGAGCCCGAGGGCACCAACGGCUCGUGGGCGGGCGAGGGGGCCAACGGCACUGCCGCCCAGGCCGCCAACCUGGACCUGUCCUCGGUGGGCGUGGGGGUCUUCCUGGCCCUCUUCAUCCUCUCGGCCAUCGUCGGCAACCUCCUGGUCAUCCUCUCAGUGGCCUGCAACCGCCACCUGCAGACGGUGACCAACUACUUCAUCAUCAACCUGGCCAUCGCCGACCUCCUCCUCAGCACCACCGUCCUGCCCUUCUCGGCCACCCUAGACGUGCUGGGCUUCUGGGCCUUCGGGCGGGUCUUCUGCGACAUCUGGGCCGCCGUCGACGUCCUCUGCUGCACGGCCUCCAUCAUGAGCCUCUGCAUCAUCUCGGUGGACCGCUACAUCGGGGUCAAGCACUCCCUCAAGUACCCCACCAUCAUGACGGAGAAGAAGGCCGGCGUCAUCCUGGUGGUGGUCUGGCUCCUCUCCGUGGUCAUCUCCGUCGGGCCCCUCCUGGGCUGGAAGGAGCCCCGGCCCCAGGAGGCCUACGUCUGCACCAUCACCGAGGAGCCCGGCUACGCCAUCUUCUCCUCCCUCUUCUCCUUCUACCUGCCCCUCAUGGUCAUCCUGGUGAUGUACUUCAACAUCUACGUGGUGGCCCGGAGGACCACCAAGAGCCUGGAGGCCGGCGUCAAGAAGGAGCGGGGCAAGUCCAUGGAGGUGGUCCUCCGCAUCCACUGCCGGAGCGUGCUGGAGGACUCCCUCGCCAGCGCCAAGGGCAAAGGGCACACCUUCCGCAGCUCCCUCUCCGUCCGCCUCCUCAAGUUCUCCCGGGAGAAGAAGGCGGCCAAGACGCUCGCCAUCGUUGUCGGGGUCUUCGUCCUCUGCUGGCUGCCCUUCUUUUUUGUACUGCCUUUCGGUGCCUAUUUCCCUUCUCUGAAGCCCUCAGAGAUCGUGUUCAAGAUCAUCUUCUGGCUGGGCUAUUUCAACAGCUGUGUGAAUCCCAUCAUCUACCCGUGCUCGAGCAAAGAGUUCAAGAGAGCUUUCAUCCGGCUCCUGAAAUGCCAGUGCCGCCGGAAGAGACGGCCUAUCUGGCGGGUGUACGGCAACCACUGGCGAGGAGCCUCCAUUAACGGGGCCGGACAAGAUUCUGACGGGGAAUCGAGAUCCAGGAUGUCCACCAUCAACGGUUCCUUCAUAUUGAACUCCGGCAGCCUGGAGCGCUCCAGUAAGAGGAGGACUCUGAACUUCAAGAGGUGGAGGAUGUUCUCCCCUUUCCAGAAGCCUACGACACAACUGAAAGAAACAAUGAACAGCCUCUCGAACAAGAUACGGGGAGGCUCCCUCAAAGGGAGCACGACGGCCUCGUACAGAACGGAGGUGGAGUCCGUCUCCAUAGGGAUCCCCAACGAGUUCAUGGAGUCUAUUGACUAUCCAAUGUACGACGAACUAAUGGACUCGGAGUCCCGCGGCCUCAGCGAAACGGAUAUUUGA